AUUUUGUACAUUUUUCCGAUGUAUACUUACUUCUGAAUAAAAGGUUUCUAAAGGGCAGCUCUAUGGGCCCUAUCAGACCUAUAGGCCGUGCUACUUCACUUCGUCGUCGUCGAAAUGUCCCUUGAAGAGGAAACUAUUCAAAAAUCACAAACAUAAUUGACCCAAUGAGCUAGUAGCCCUAAUUUACGGAGCGCUGUCAUUGCAGGUUAGCCAAGACUCAAAUUUGCUUUGGCGUUCACCAUCCACACAAAAUGGUAGUCGUUUGGCAGAUCAGGUGUCCUGAUAAGAAAGUGAUGUUGUUAAGCCUUGUAAUUAUAGUGAAUGUAGAGUUGAAUUUGAAAUUUACACUCGAACUUGAAAUUAACAUGUGAAUAUAACAAAUGAAAUGAAAAAACCAACAUAGCUUUAAUUUAAUUAAUGAGAGGACUAUUUACAAAAUAAUAAUAUUACAGAAACGAUUAAACAAAAAAAAACAAAAUUCCGUUGCGCAAGAGUUAUGCGCGUUUACAAGAUCUUUCCGACGGCACAAAUUUGAAAGCAAUCGGACGAAAACUGUAGCAGAAGAUAGGAAAAACUUACCACGUCAGUAAACCCACGCUCGGAGAUGGCGCCCAAAUGUUGCCGACCCCACAUCAUGUAGCCCUGUCUCCAAAGUUGUUAAUUACACGGUCCCGGUAGGUACAUGUACACUCCUCGUCUUUCUACAAGCGUUCUACGAUUCCUCAUUUGCUGCCAGCCAGUCAGCCGGACAAAGUAAGAUCAAAAGCUAGCUUUUUAAAAAUAAAUUUGCAAAAAUGUGAUAAAAAGUUCUGGGGCAGCAUUUGGACAAAGGAAUAGGAAAACCUCAUUUUAUUGACAGAAUUAUAAAUACAAACGAAUGUUUAGAAAUUUUAAAAGAAUCACAUUUAUACCAGGAAAAAUAUCGGAUAGAACAGGAACUUCAACAAGCCGACGGGGCGCCACAUGCAAACCGCACAAAAAGCUAUGAAAUGAAUGAAAGACCACUGUGUGCCAUUUUUAAAAUGAAUUUUAGAUGAAAAAGGUACUGCGGAUACAUUCUGAAAGAACUAUAGGUACCCGACUUGAAGCAAAAACUUAAAGAGAAUUGGCAUUAAUUUACCACAAAAAUCUACGGGCUGUAAUAAAAAAUAUACAAUUGUGAACUUUAAAAUUAUGUUUGCCGUUUCCUACGGAUUUCUAUUUCUUGUAGAAGUUUGAAGUUACCGUUUAUAUUUUAUACAGGGUGAGUUUUUUUUUCAUUUUCACUCUAAGGAACUCAAAAAAUAAGUUUAACCAACCAUAGGUAAGUGAUUUUUUCAGCUUUCUCAUUGUUGUAAAAUAACAUUUUUAUGACUUCUGGUUUCGAAUUUUCGCGUAAUAUUAACUUUCUUAUUUCUUGUGGAGGCCAUAUUGGAUUUUUACGUCACUCGAUAGAAAAAAAUUACAAAACCAGUGAUACUAAACACUUGGUAUUUCAUGUGGAUAUCAACUUUGAAUUUUUGCCUUGAAGUACAUAUUUCUUAUGGCAAUAAUUCCGUGGCCGUGUUGAUGGUGACUAUAUGAGAGACAAUAAACGAACAUUUUAAAAUAAUUUCAAGCCAGCUUUGGAAUUAUUUCCAAUAGAUUGGUAGGUAGGUUGAUUACCAGAGGAAAUAUUAAGUGUUUUGUAAUUCUAUCGAGCAACAUAAAAAUCCAAUAUGGCGUCCAUAAGAAUUACGAAAGUUGAUGUGAUUUACUCGAAACCCACAAGUUUAUUUUAGUACCAUCAGAAACCUGAGAGAAUAUAACUAAGACUUUCUUAAAAUUAUUUUUGGAUAUCAUUCACUCUUAUAUUACCUAUGUUGCAGAUUCAUUAAAGUGGUGGUACUCUUUUUGAACUGCCCUAUAUAUACAGUACAUAGUGUAUAGGUGCAUGGAAUGGAUGUAAGAGUGUAUGUAAGUUUCUAAUGUGUAGUAUACGAAAUAUAUACCGGUCAUAUAGAUCAUCAUGCUCCGAUUUGUGCUUUCAGAAUUUUUCGGAAAAAAAUUGUGAUUGUUUUAGCGCAUUUUCCAACUCAUGUUGGUGUACGUAUUGUGUUUUUUUUUCGUCCUGCCUGAAGAUGAGGUCAUAAAGUGUAAUUUAGAGGCAUGAUACCAUUACCUACACCCAUGCGUAAUGAAAAAAAUAGACCAUGUGCUUUGGAAGUGAUAAUUAUCUACAAAUGUCAAAACUGUCAACAAACGUCGUUUUGAGUUUGCCUUAUUAACGAACGACAAAAAGCGAGUCCGUCCGUCCUUCUCCUUGACUACUCAUACAGUUUUCAAGAUAUUUAGUUCGUUCGGUUUUCAUUCGGUAGUUAAUAACCCUGGCACCUCAACCAAGAAAAAUCUUGACGAUUAAUGUGCGCAUACGCAAUUUCUUAUUUAUGGAAGUAUUUCUUUCAAAUUUUAACCACAGAUGCUUCUAGUAAAGACGAGCAUAUCGCAUGCUGUAAAAAUCAGACGUGGCAACUUGUUUAUAUAUAGAGAUUUUUUGAAAUUUUAACCACAGAUUCUUGUAGUAGCAGACUACGCAAUGCUAGAUUUCUAAUUUAUAAGAAUAUUUGUGCCAUAACUUAUUUUCCUUUGUACACAAAGAUAAUCCGUUAUAUGACCUUUCGGGAAUGAUUGAUCAAUUAAUGGAAAAUGCGCUAAAGUUACUCGCCUUAAGGCGAAAACGUUUUUCUCAUUUUUUAAUCAUAACUCCUUUAUUUUUUAUGAUGGAAAGUUCUAGGUUUUUACAAUCUACCAGGCAAUUUACAUCCCGUCUAAAACUCCUAAAAUGGGGUGAGCAGAAAGGGCUAAAAUAAGGUAGUACUCGCAUAUAAAUACACGUUUUAAACGUCUAUGGGUAUUUCACUAAAUUUGUGUCGUACAGAAAAUUCCCGGCGAGGAAAAUGUUUGGAAUUAAAAAAGCUAUAAUUGGAUGCUGCAUCAUUUUUUACGCCUCUUCAGUUGUUUUGUAGGUAUUUUGAAGAGGGGGGGCGUUUUUUACAAAAUUGCAGAAAUUCGUUUUUCAGUUUUAGCGUCAAUUAUUUCAAAAUUAAGUCGUCUAACCUGGUCACACUUCUAGAAUGAAUUAAUAAUACGUAAUUAGGAAAAACUGGAAAAGGGGAAGGACUAAUUUUAAUAAGGGUGGUAAUUGGGGGUUGCCUGCGCUGAUUUUUUUCGAUAAAAAAAGGACGUAUCUACCUUAUAUUUUCAUCGUAACUCACUCAAUUUUUAUGCUAGUUUGUUUAAAAAAAAAAGAAGCAAAUGUUUUUUUAAAUACUUUAAAGAAUAUUCUAGUUUUUAUCGGAAAAUGCAUAAUUUUGCCGUUAGUUGACUGUGCAAACUCGCAUAUUUAUCGUUUGACGACAAGAGCUAACCAUUAAAAAGCCACAACUCUGUUCGUAUUGGUCAUAAGUACAGCAAUUAUUUAAAAAAACAUUUUCUUUGAUUUUUUUUAAAGCUACGAUUUUGUUCUGGGGAAGCUUUUUUAAUAAAAUGCAUACUUUUUGAGUUUUUCGGGAAUAAUCAAUUAAAAACAUUGAUCUUUAAUAUGCAAAACUCAACUUUCGGUCGCGAAUAACUAGAGAAGUAGUUAUUAACGUAUGUAUAGAGCGCGUUUUGCUUAGAAUUAAUUGUUCAUCUAUUUCUGUGUUAAAAUUACGAGUACAAUAAUAAAUUGCCACCCUCGAGUUGGGGUGGCAACCACACCCAGGGUGAAAGCGCCCUUUGGCGUGACAUAGAUUCUUUUGUCUACUUUCUGUCAAAAUUUUAAGUUAAUCCUUCCUUGAUAUCAAAUGAUUCCAUAAGGAUUGACGGUCCAAUUAUUUAUAUCUGAAAAACAACAAUCAUAACCAUUUGUGGUACCAAAAAUGCCGCGUCUAAUUUACGAAGCCGCAAGCGCUUUACUUAAAAUGGUCAGCAUAGACAUUUUUAAAGCAAGAUAAACAGCGAUACCUCGCAGCGCGCCGGUCAGCACAAACCUAACAUUCGCGGUGAUCGGGUCAAAUGCCAUUAUCUGUUUUUUUGGCCUAUAAACUUCGCAUAAAUAGUUUUUUUUUGCUGGAAUUUGUAAAUAAAUCACAGUACAUAGAAAGACCAAGAAAAAUUAUGAAUUGCAAAGGAUUACUGUUUUGCAUCUUUGUUGCUGGUGAAGUACAUGCACAACAUCUAAAAUUGAAACAUUACGACAGUUGCUACACUCCCGCUGGAGGACCUGGUCACUGUAUAAAUAUUCGAAAUUGCCCAGAACUAGUAAGCAUACUUCAACGUCGUCCGUUAACAAGCGACGAUGCCGCGUAUCUGAGAAGCGCCAUUUGUGGUUUUGAAGGUGUCGACUCAAAAGUUUGCUGUUCUUUGGACGAGCAUGAGUUCAAACCAUCUACUGUGGAAGAAAAAGCACCGAGUACAUCAAGUCAUCAAUGGAGAGAACAUUUAGUAGCCAAAGACUACGACAGUUGCGACACUCCCGCUGGAGAUCCUGGCCGGUGUAUAGAUCUACGAUACUGUCCGGAGCUAGAAACAAUACUUCAACGUCGCCCGUUAGCACGCGAUAGCGUUACUUAUUUGCAAAGGGCCCAUUGUGGCUUUAAAGAUCUCAACCCAAAAGUUUGCUGUUCUUUAAAGGACAAAGAAAGUAUUACAAGAGAUAAACAAGGCACAUUAAAUGACUACACCAAUUAUAAGGUUUUACAGCCAAUGUCGUCCUUAUUACCAGACAAAUAUGACUGCGGACAAUCAUCUGCAGAAAAAAUUUUCGGCGGAGAAGUCGCGGAUAUGUUCGACUUCCCUUGGAUAGCUCUAAUUAAGUAUAAGACACUUGAUGGAUAUGGUUUCCAUUGCGGUGGUUCAUUGAUUAACACGAGGUAUGUCUUGACCGCCGCACAUUGCUUGAUAGGAAAAGAUCUUCCAGAAGCAGUUAGUGUCCGCCUAGGUGAAUACAAUUUGGAACUAGAUUUGGAUUGCACCAGCACACCCGAAUACCCGAUGUGUGCCGACAAGCAUAUUGACAUUCCUAUCGCAGAAAUGGUCGUACACGAACACUACCGCCCAUUCGAUGACAACCAAUACAACGACAUUGCACUCUUAAGGUUGGCUCGAGAUAUUCCCUACACAGACUUCAUCAAGCCCGUUUGCUUACCGAUCUAUCCCAAUCUUAUAAACGAAUACUUCGUGGGGACAAAUGCUACUACGGCUGGUUGGGGAAGAACCGAAACUCAGCGUAGCGGCAGCAGCAUUAAAAUGAAAGUUACGUUACCGGUAAGGUCAAAUCUAGAUUGUAAAGAUGUUUAUGCUAGCAGACGUGUAUCGCUGAGUAUACAACAACUUUGUGUUGGUGGUGAAAGCGGUAAGGAUUCCUGUAAAGGUGACAGUGGUGGUCCUUUAAUGCAUCUAUACACUGGCCCGGGUGAAAUAAACUGGUACAUUAUCGGAAUCGUUUCUUUUGGACCGCAGAUAUGUGGACUAAAUGGGUGGCCUAGUGUAUACACAAGAGUAACAGAAUACGUUCCGUGGAUACUCAAACAUCUGAGGCCAUGAUUUUUAAAAGAUAGGUUAAUCACAAUGAGAUCUUUGUCUAAUAGUCUUUAAUUUAAAGGAAUGUAUUUUUUUGGAAUUUG